CCUUACUCUCCCCAACGCAUCCCAACUCAAUUUUCCUGUAUCCGAAAACUCUUCUCUCCGUUUCCGAAUCCUCACUCUCCCCGGGCCUUCCCAACAUUUUUCCUGUACCCAUGAAGAAACACGUCUGUAUGAACAAGAAGAAGCUUGCCUUGAAGCCGCAUCGCCGAGAGGAAAAACGUCAAAUCAAGAAACAUGGUAAUUUCCUGAGCAUGGAAAGCCCAGUUCCCGACAAAUCCGCUCACAAUUCUCCUGAAGGCGAAGAACCACUGAAGAAGCGCACCCUCGACUUUCAUUCCGACUCAGAGCAGGAGAUUGAAACUCCUAAACCGAAGAAACGCAUCGAACGCAUCGAACGCAUCGAGACCCCGAAAAAGCGCGUCGUCCCUACUACCCCUAAAACACCGACUACUCCAAAGACACCACAUAGACUCUAAUUAGAAGGGACCAUAUGAUAUGAACUUUUCUUCUUUCUGCAAAUGGCCUGGUUUGACGAAUUCAAGGAUAUGAACUACAGCGACUCUUUGAUGGCCCAGAUGAUUGAGGAUAAUACAUACGACGAGCA